GGAAGAGGUUGUUCAGAAGUGUUCGGAGAAAUAGACGAGAGUAACUGUAGACGAGAUUAUGGCAUUUUCCCCUAAAGCAAAAAGAACCCCCAAAAAUAAAGAUGGGAAAGGUGCGCAGAAUCUACCCAGACCCCAAAAGGACGCUUACGCCAGACUUCUGAAUCAGCACCAGAAUGGCAAGUUUCGUUCUUACUUGCAAGAGUUUGUGGAUCAGCAGUCAGAGGAGAACGCGACUACAUUGGUUAGCAGGUCUGAUGCCAACAGGAGAAAAAAAGGCCAUUCAGAGUCUUCCUAUUUCAAUGAUAGCGUCUCCUCUCCGCAGAGUAGGCUGAUGUUGGCUGACACUUCCAACUCUUGUCACGAGGACAAAACAUUCCAUCAGGUAACAUGCGCCGAAGACCCGGGCACGAAUCCUGGCAUGCUGGAAAAGUUACAUAAGGGUUCUGCUCCCAAAAAGGCAUCCGCUAAACUGAAAAAGAGUGAAAAAGACAUCAAAGCUAGCACGAGUCUGGUGGGAUCUGAGGAAGGUGACGCUCAACAGUUGAGUGGUUCAUGCGGGGAGGAAAAAGCGAGGAAAAAAUCAAAGAAGAAAAGCUCAAAAGGACAUUUGGAGAAAAAGGACAAGGGCGCGUGUGGUCUUGAAGUCGACGCCGCUGUUGCUGAGAAAUCGGCAAAUAAAAAUGUCAAAGCUCCUCAAGCAUCGAAAGGCUCACGGCAAAAUGACAAAAAAGAUAUAAACGCCAAAGAUGGGCGAGGGUCCGGGAAGCAGGUUUUCGAGCAGUACAUGUCUGUGGAGGAUGUGUCUGCUGGACUCAAGAGAGGAGAACUCAUUCAGGGAGUACUGAGGAUAAACCCAAAGAAAUACAAGGAAGCUUAUAUCCCAUCUCCUGAUGGGUCAGCCGAUAUAUUUCUGGAUGGGAUUUCGGCUCGUAACAGGGCUCUCAAUGGAGAUGUUGUUGUGGUGAAAAUUCUUCCCCUUGAACAGUCAGAGGCACCGAAGACUCCUGAUGUCAUAGUAGAGGCCCAUUACAAUGGAGAUGAUGAGAUGGUCUCUAAAAUGGAGAAAGUCAGUCUCAACGACAAAGCCCUUCCCACAACACAGUCUGUUGAACGUGCUAGUGCAUGCAACACUCUUGCAUCAAGUUCAGACAAAACUACGCAAAAAAAUGGAAAGGUUGUAUUCAUUGUUGAGAAAAAGCACAGCAGGGCAGUAUCAGGCUUUCUCAAAUUUCUCCCCAACAAGAACUUCGCCAUGUUUUCUCCUGUGGACCACCGUGUCCCGAGAGUUAAUGUGCCUCUAGCGGACUGUCCUGCAGACUUUACCUCCAGACCUGGAGACUACGAAAACACACUGUUCAUCUGCCGAAUAACACAAUGGCCAGCAGACAGUAACUUUGCUGAAGGGCGGCUUGCAAAAACGUUAGGGCAAGCAGGUGAAAUAGAGCCAGAAACCGAAGGCAUCUUGACUGAAUAUGGUGUUGAUUUCUCGGAGUUUACAGAGGAGGUCUUGAAUUGUCUUCCCCAAGAUCUGCCUUGGAGCAUCCCUGCUCAUGAGCUGUCUACAAGAAGAGAUCUCAGAAAAGAGUGUAUAUUUACCAUCGACCCAGCUACGGCCAGAGAUUUGGAUGAUGCGCUGUCCUGCAAACAGCUCUCAGAUGGCAAUUUUGAAGUUGGUGUUCAUAUAGCUGACGUGAGUUACUUUGUGAAGGAAGGAAAUGCCUUGGAUGAACUCGCUGGUCAGAGAGCCACAAGUGUCUAUCUAGUCCAAAAGGUGAUUCCCAUGUUGCCUCGUCUUCUCUGUGAGGAACUGUGCAGCUUGAAUCCUUUGACAGAUCGACUGACAUUCUCCGUCAUUUGGAAGCUUUCUCCAGAGGGAAAGAUUUUGAGUGAGUGGUUUGGGCGAACCGUAAUCUGUUCCUGCAUUAAGUUGAGUUAUGAUCAUGCUCAGAGUAUGAUUGAAGCUCCUGACAAGCACUUUAGUCCUGAAGAACUGCCGACCUGUUCCCCAAACCACAGCAUCAUCGAGAUACAAGAGGCCGUCCUCAACCUGCACAACAUCGCCAAACAGCUCCGAGCCCAGCGCUUCGAGGGUGGCGCUCUGCGACUUGAUCAGCUGAAGCUGUCUUUCACCCUUGAUAAGGAGUCCAGCAUGCCUCAGGGCUGUUACGUCUAUCAGUAUCGGGACAGCAAUAAACUGGUGGAGGAGUUCAUGCUGCUGGCAAACAUGGCGGUUGGCCAUCAGAUCUACCGCUCGUUCCCAGAAAUGGCCCUCCUUCGGAGACACCCGCCACCCCAGACCAAGAUGGUAGAUGACAUGCAGGAGUUUUUUGACCAGAUGGGCCUUGACAUUGACUUCUCCUCAUCUGGAGCACUCCAUAGAAGUCUGAAUGAAAAUCUUGGUGAUGAUGAGUAUACAGCUGCCAGGAAAGAAGUCAUUACUCACAUGUGCUCCAGGCCUAUGCAGAUGGCGGUGUAUUUCUGCGCAGGAGCUCUGAAAGAUGAGAAGUUGUUCCGUCAUUAUGCUCUGAACGUACCGCUCUACACACACUUCACUUCACCUAUACGACGCUACGCUGAUGUCAUCGUGCACCGUUUGCUGGGCGCCUCUCUGAACUGUGGACCCCGUCUCAGCGUCUCAGGAGAGGAAGUGCACCAGCAGGCAUCUCACUGCAAUGACAGGAAGACCGCCUCAAAGAGAGUCCAAGAGUUGAGCUCUGAACUUUUCUUUGCUGUCUUUGUGAAGGAGUGUGGUCCUCUGGAUUCAGAAGCCAUGGUCAUGGGAGUUUUGGACCAGUCAUUCGAUGUGCUAGUGCUUCGCUAUGGAGUGCAGAAACGAAUUUACUGUAAUUCAUUAGAAGGUCUAAAGGAGGUCCAGUUUCAUAAAGUGGGAAAGAAACCAGAGAUGAUGCUUGUUUGGGAAUCGGAUGACCCAUCUAAGGACUCCAUAAAACAGGAGAUCUCCAUCUUCACACUGUUGAACGUUCAGCUGAAGGCAGACGGAGCUCCUAUGAAAUACAGCGCGACGCUCAAGAGACCCUUAACACUCAUGUAAAUCCCACCAACACCACUUUUUCAACCAAACAGAUUUGUCAGUAGUUCACACAUCUUUUGCACGAACGUACCAUGAACUCUUCUUUUUAGACUUUUAAGAUUUUGUUCUCGAGUUUUCGAAGAUGGAAAGAAGUGUUUUUAUUUUAAGCUAUUUUGCUUUAGCCUCAGGAAAUUGUGAUGUUUUUGUUUUUUGUUCAGGGAUUGUUUAAUACAUUUUCAACGUCUCUUUUGAAUCGGAAAUUCUCCCAUAUUAAGAUGAUACUUUUAUUUUAUGCCUUGGGUUUUAUUUCACACUUUCACAAUUGUGUUCUUUGUAGCUUACAGAUAUUUUUGUUUUGUUCUGCCUUAAACUGCGGCCUUUGCAUUAGAAAUGAUUGCUUCAGAAAUGACAUUUCGUUAACUUCAGAAGUUAUGUUAAUAAUUAUUUUGUUUUCCCAAUGGGAAGCAUUGAGCCCUUAACAAAGAUACCAUUUUUAUUAAGUGGUUUUUGAACAGUGCAUUAUUAUCUAUGGCGAGUCGUUGGUUUUGUUGCAAAAAGUGUGUUUUUUCUUCUUAAAUAGGACAUUUUGGUAACUUUUUUGGCUUCUAGAUGCUUUUAAAUGUUCCAUUUUAUUUUUAAAAAUGCAUUGUAAAAAGUGAUUAGUGACUAUACUUAAAGUGAGCAAACCUGUUGCCUUCAAAGUGACAACUUGACUUCACUUUAAAAAAAAAAAAAGUGGGUAAGACUUUAUUUUGAUGCUCCCUAUUGCUCGUUUUGUUGACUAAAAUUUGCAUUGCAACAUGCCAAUUACUUAUUUGAGUAUUACUAGACUGUCAGCUUAAUAUCUGCUGAUACUGCUCUUUGAACAGACAUUUAACUGACUAUCAGUAACUUUGCAGGUACAUGUCAACUUCACCCUAAACCAAACCUAACAGCCUACUUAUAAUCUUAUGAGAAUUAGUUAGCAUGUACUGUAGAUGCAAUGUUACUUAAAUUCAACAACAUACAUUAAAGGGACCAUCAAAAUAAAGUGAUACCAAAAAUUGAGUUAUCCCAUUGAACUAUUAAGUGAAAUCAACUUAUUUACGCACCGUUCAUUUACUUGAUCGUUUUAAGGCAAUUAGUUUACUCGUUUAAUAAGAAAUAAAGUCAACGAAUCAAAGUAUCUUUUGUUUUUAAAAUAUCUGGCAGAUUGUUUUAGUCACUCUGAAGUAGUGUUGUCACCAUACUGGAAUUUGAUACCAAUCGGUACUGACAUUUUAAAUACAUCUAUUUCCUGCUAACAUUUGAGCGCUGUUGAGCACGUUCUUAAACAUCACUGAUUGCCCAUUGUGUUAACAGAAAUGAUUAGCUGUGAAGGUCAUCAGUUCACUGAACUCACCGCUGUUUACCAAGUGUAACAACAGAUACAGGGACACUGGAGCGUUUUAAAGCCGCAAAGAUCAGCUGGUCUGUUUAUAAGCUGACAUACGAGCGAUCCGCUGAUGAAUCGUGGCUUUAAAACGCUCCAGUGUCCCUGUGUCUGUGGUAACACUUAGUAAAAAGUGGUGAGUUCAAUUAACUGAUGACCUUCACGGCCAAUCACAGUCAUUUCUGUUGAACACGUGAACACAAUGGCAAAUCAGCAGCUCAACAGCGCUCAAAUGUUCGCGGGAAAUGGACGUUUUUUUAAAAUGUCAGUACCGAUUGGUAUCGAAUUCCAGUAUCUUGACAACUCUACUUCAGUUAACCCUAAAUACACAUACAUUGAACACUCAAAACUAUUCAAAGUACUCAUUUAACAUGAGUUGAACCAACUCAAUUCUUAAGUUGUUUUUGUGGACAAAUUUAAUCAAUUGUUCAAUCCACUUAAAUUUGUAAAGUUAGCUUAAUCUAUUUGUGUUGGGAUGACAUGGAAUCGUGUGAACAGAAUUUGUUUUACGCUAGUUUUUAUACACACCGACUUUUAAUUUGAUCGAUUGUGUUUUAAAAUGUAAUUUAUAUCAUUUUAUGCUUUGAUUUUUGACCCACUUCCAUAUGUGUUUUAGCGAUCUGGGAGGAUAUCUAAAACAAUUAUAAACCAUUGAUCUACUGUAACAAUCUGUGUCUUCUCUACUGUAUUGUGCCAUUCUUGGGACCAGUAUUAAAACAAUAAUACAAAAAAAAAAAACACUAGAAAAAGGCAGCUGGUAUUAACUCGAUGGAAACACUUAUUUCAGUUGAACAGUUUGUACAUUUAGUAAGAAAGCAGCUGUUUGAUACGAUAAAAUAUCUGUUUAGUUUACUUCAUAAGAGCAGAUGUGUGAAUUUAAAGCAACAGUACAUCCAAAAAUACUUCAUUUACUCACCCUCAAUUAGUUGCAAACAUUUAGGAGAUUGUUUCUAUGGUUAAACACUAAGGAAGAUAUUUUGAAGAAAGCUGAAAACAUGUAACCAUUGACUUACAUACAAAUACUAUGGAAGUCAAUGGUUACAGGUUUCCAGCUUUCCUUUAAAGUAUCUUCUAUUGUGUUGAACUGAAAAAAAACUCGAAUAGGUCUGAAAUGAAUAAAUGGGUGAGUAAAUGAUGACAAAAUUAACAUUUUUGGGUGAACUGUCCCUUUAAGAGAGUUUUGUUGACCAGUUAGGUUAGAACCAACCAAUAUCACUGUCAGUUUUAAGUCUGUUUCUAUCAUUAGACGCUAGUGUUAUCACUGCUCUGUUAAAUUUGACGUCAUAAAGCCUAAAAUCCAUGUAUUUUUAAAUAAUGUGUGUAACUGGGAAAAAGGAACAUGGUUAAUUGUGACACUCUGUGCAGCAAAUUAAAAAUACACCUUAACCAAAAUAAACUGUUGUGCA